UCCAGCUCGUUUUGGAGAUUAUUUUAUAUUUCCCUCUUCCGAAGAAAUCGUAACCCUAACUCUUUGAACUUUUUUAAUAUCUCUUCUCAGUUCGAUUCUAAUCUCAAAUCUGAAUUUCAAUUUCGAUUUGAAAUCCUAAAUCCAUUUUCUUGAUGGGUCGAGAUUCUGCUACUUCGCUAGCACCGGGGUUCCGAUUCCACCCUACCGAUGAAGAACUUGUUAGUUAUUAUUUGAAGCGCAAAGUCUCUGGAAAACCCUUUCGUUUUGAUGCUAUUUCAGAUGUUGAUAUCUACAAAUCCGAACCCUGGGAUCUCCCUGGGAAAUCGAAGCUGAAGAGUAGGGAUUUGGAGUGGUAUUUCUUCAGUGCUUUGGAUAAGAAAUAUGGCAAUAGUUCGAGGACUAACAGGGCUACGGAGAAAGGGUAUUGGAAGACGACGGGAAAGGAUCGGCCGGUCCGCCAUAACGCGAGGACUGUUGGAAUGAAGAAGACUCUUGUGUAUCAUAUUGGGCGGGCUCCUCGUGGUGCACGAACCAAUUGGGUGAUGCACGAAUACAAACUCACGGAUGAGGAAUUGGGGAAAUUUGCAAUUGUUCAGGAUGCGUUUGUGCUGUGUAGGAUAUUCCAGAAGAGUGGUACUGGACCAAAAAACGGAGAGCAGUAUGGUGCCCCUUUUGUUGAGGAGGAAUGGGAAGAUAAUGAUGAGCUGACUUUGGUACCUGGUGAUGAGCAAGUGGCGGAAGAAAUUCUAGCUGGUGGUGGCAUUUUUGUUGAAGGCAAUGACUUCAGUCAGAAUGUCGAUGAAGAUCUUCUAUCUGAAAUUGCACCACCACCACCAUUCGACUUCUAUUAUGGUGAGUCGAGCAACUCUAUGGAGCAAUCUGACAAUUUCAUCGAAGAUGAUCGAAAACCUGCAGUAGGCAUAUGUGAGACAUCAGAGCUACCCGAUGGACAGAAGUUCUUUGUUUUACCAGAUGAGUGUCGAUUACGUGACAGAUUGGUCAAACAUGAGUAUCUUGCUGAAUCAAGCAAUGCUGCUGCUGAUGAGAUCGAUGCUAGUGAUGUCGAUGGUCAUUACGCAUUGGACAAGCCAUUCUUUAGUACUUCUGAUAAUCCUUCUUUUAGUGAUGAACUACUUUUGGAAUCCAAUGAGCUCUCAAACCCUACUGAUAGUGAUCCUGCUGCUUUUGACGUGCUUGAAGAGUAUCUUACGUUCUUCGACGCAGACGGUGAUAACGUAGAUUUGUCUUUCGAUCCCUCCGAAAUUCUCGAGAGUGAGAGCUCUGUUCCUGAUCAAGCAGUUCUUCCAGAGGUCGUUGGUGGUGCCACUGAACAUGCAUCUCCCAACAAACAUACUUCAGAUUUACGUUACGACAACGAGGCUUCCUCGUCCUCGUCUAUGCAAAGAUCCGAGGAUCCAAAACCAGAAUCAGAUCUCAAAUACCCAUUCCUCAAACACACAAGCCACAUGCUGGGCAGCAUUCCUGCUCCAUUUGCUUCACAGUUCACUUCAAAAGAUGCUGCUCUUCAUCUUAACUCAGCUCCACAAGCUUCAAGCUCCGUUCGUGUCACCGCAGGCAUGAUCGUCAUAAGAAACACAACACUAAAUGGAGACGAAAUGAACAACUUAUAUGGCAAGAAUUCAGUUCUCAACCUUAUCUAUUUGUACGGGAUCGUCGAAGGCGACAUCUAUCCCUCUCAGUUGUCACCAACUGCUGAUGCACAUCACAGCAAGUCGGGAUCUCUGAUGUCUCGCUACUUCGUCUACUUCUUCAUCCUGUUCUGGCUUCUAAUCCUUUCAGUGAGCUUCAAAGUUGCAAGGUGCAUCCAUUCCAGGUGACUUAUCUAUUCAAGUUUCAAUAUCCAAAACUCAAGAAACAUCGAAAAAGUAGUAUUAGCUGGUAGUUUAGAAACUUUCUAGGCUACCUCCUGCAAUAUCUAUUCAAAUAUCAAUAGUUCUAGACUAACUGCCAAUGAAUUGGUGGCUAACUAAACUUUUUAUCUCUUCCUUCUUUUGUAUUUUAAUUUCAGAACUUUUUACAGUUCAUAGUUGCAGGGCUUUACUGUACUUUACCAAUUUAUUAGAGUAAAGGUCGGAAGCUUCUCUUUCCACGACGUUUAUGUAAUUCGUUCGAUAAACCAUCUUAAUCUUCAAUAAGCAUAAGCUGUAUGAAGUUAACUC